CGAAAUUACCACUUUGGGCAAUAUCUUGGCAACGGCUAAUUUUACCACUAUACUACCCGACCCUGCCGAAAAAUCCUCGAACCACUACCGAAAUCUCGGCUCCGCGCACGGCAAGGUCCGAAUCCCAGAACUCGACUUCUGACACUUGCCGUGCUAGUGUCUCGCGCAUUCCUGAUGCCCACAGUGUGACUUCAGGAACACUGUUCACAGACUCUACGACUAGCCGUGCCAGCCAGCAUUUCAUAACUCAAGACUUGGAGUAGACCCAUCAUGCACAACUCCUCUCAUCGCCGACAGGACCGCGUCCCCAAGAUGGCGGCGGCGGCGCAUGCUGCUGCCUCUCUAGGCUCGCCAUCGGUUCCUUUCGAACUUAUCAAUCCUCUACUUGCACGACACAUCCGACUCAUACUCUCUUCCCUCUUCAUCAUCUUUCUCUCUCUUCUUUGAUGGCAACCAACAUGACCAGUCAAAGCACCGAUGAAAGACGUGCGUACCUGCGGGCCCUCGCACGGGGUGAGGUCGUCCGGCCGCUUAAGCCCGCGAAGCUCUCUUUGCCAUACGCGAAAACCCAGAAAUCUGUCACAAAGGCCUGGGUUGACUUCCAUAACGAAAUCGAACAGCCCAUCGACGAGAAUGAUCCCUUUGCGACCAUGCCAACGUGUGACACACUUCGUUCAUUUUGCUCAUACUGUAUAGACACGAAGAAGGGUCAGUUAGAGGACAAGCUUUGCAUCGCCUCGCUGUGGAAAUACAUCCAGACAAUUGCCGGCCUCAUUCGUCAUCGACAUAACAAACAGCUUGAUCCCUCUACUAAGAAGAAUCUGAAAGCGUACAUCUACGAGGAUUGUGUCGCCGAGGGCGCAAGCAAGAAAGCUCGACCUCGUCCUGUGGCUACUACACCAGUAGUCCUCGACCUAGUGAAAUUCUUGUGGACACGCGACAUCGGAGCCAUGCAUCCUAGGAUGCGGCUGCAACUAUCCUGCCUCUUGCUCAUCCUUUUGUUCCAAGGAAUACGUCCUGGCUCCAUCGUCGAGUCAUCGGCCCACAAAGGCGUAAACGAAGGCGUCUUCUACAAGGACCUCACCGUCAGAUACAUCAAGGCCGACGAUGGAAAGCCCCGAAUCGUCAUUGAUGUCCAGUAUCGGAAUCUCAAGGGAGCACGAGGGCAUGAGAACAGAUACCUUACUGUAGCAGAGGUGGCCACAAGCAAGUCAAGCAAGUCUGGAGCCUGGACUUGGCUUGACUUGAGGCCUCAAAACCGUGGGCUUGACUUGCUUGAGAGGUCCGAGGGGAUGGCUUGACUUGCUUGACUCGGCUUGAGCCAAA